AUGUCACAGUCGACAGUGGCUGCAGUAGGGUUCUCGAUUCAGUCUUCGAACCCACCUGCUGCAGUUUCAAACCAAAAUGCGGAUUCAACUGAGCCGAAUAGUACCGAUGAGCCGUGUUCAAUGAUGCAGCAAAGUCAAAUGAUCGACAACCUAUUCGAAACAUCCGAUCUCACUAAAAGCACUCGCCCUUUGAUAUCCACUUCAAAUGCCUCCGUAAUUCCCCCCGCAACUUCUUAUCCCUCACCUGAUAUUAUCAGCAACACUGCUGCAGCCAUAUCACCUUUGAUCGCCUCUCAGUUUGGCUCACUUUCAUGCCAACAAUCGCCUAUGAUGCGGUAA